AUGUUGUUUCUAGGCGCUUUAUUAUUAUCAUCAUGCCUGCAGACGGUAGGCGCAGCGCGACAGGAUGAAGAUUUAAUGUCAUUCGUCACGCUCCCCGAAGUCCGAGCCUUAAAAUGGGAAGUCACUCAUCAUGAUCGGGAACGUCAAGCUCCGGGUUAUUGGUUUGUCGCGCCCUAUGGUCAAAUCUCUCCGGAGACGCCUACCCAUAAGUACCAACAGUACCAAGUUGGACCGUAUAUCUACGAUAACGAUGGUGUCCUUGUUUGGGCAGGUCCAGCCCUGUUCGAUAACCGCAAUACCUUCGACUUUCGAGCGAACUUGAACAUGGACGGCGAGCCACGACUCUCAUUUAUCGUGGCAUGGGAUAUCGAAAACGGAGCCGAUCGAGGAAACGGAGUCAUCCUCGAUAACCACUACCAGGUCGAGCGCGAGGUCCUCCCCUUGGUGGAUGUCCACGACUUCAACAUGCACGAGUUCAACAUUAUGGAUGGCGGCAAGACGGUUUUGGCCUGCGUCUAUCGCCCCACGGAAAUCAGCCUCGAAGAAUUUGGCCGCCCCGAGGAGAAGAGCUGGGUCGUAUCUGGUGGUUUUGCGGAGUUCAACAUUGAGACCAAUGAGCUUCUGACCCAGUGGAACAGUCUCGACCAUCUUUCCCUCACGGAGUCCAAUAUGUUCCAUGCCUGGGAUGUACCUCAAGGAGCGCCAGGCUGGGACUACGUCCACGCCAAUGCGGUGGAUAAGAACGAGGCUGGGGACUACAUCAUCUCGAUGCGAUUCACCAACACUAUCUACGGUGUUUCUGGUGCUGAUGGAAGUAUCAUGUGGCGACUGGGUGGAUUGGAGAGUGAUUUCACCCAGGACUUUACCUUCUCGAAGCAGCAUGAUGUGAAAUUCGUCUCUUCUAACGGUACCCACCAUGUGAUUUCUUUCCUGAACAACGCAUCCGAUGAACGUGGUAACGACGAGAAUCUGUCCUCGGUUCUCUUUGUUGAGCUUGAUACCGUGGCCAUGAAUGCUCAUGUUCUUCAGCGUAUUAACCGUCCCGAUGGGGAUUUGACUCGCCUGCGUGGAAGUGCUGAGACCCUUCCCAAUGGUAACGUUUUCAUCGGCUGGAGUGAACGCGGUUACCAGUCCGAACAUGCUCCCAACGGGGAUUUGUUGAUGACCGCUCGCUUUGCUUCGUCUCGGUACUCCACCUACCGUGCGUACAAGUCCGAGUUUAUCGGCCGUCCUCUCACCCCACCCGACCUGGUGGCUUCUGUCUACGGAACCAGCAACUCCGAUAUGAGCACCAUCAUGCACGUUAGCUGGAACGGUGCUACCGACGUUGCUGGCUGGAACUUCUACGCCCAGGCCUACGACCGUGGUGAGCCAGUUUUCAUUGGACACGCCAACAAGACCGACUUUGAGACCCUAUAUGUUGUUGACGGUUACAUGGACUGGAUCACUGCUGAGGCAGUCGACCUGAAAUUCCGAGCAACUGGCACGCGGCCGGCUUCCUGGGAAGCAAUAGCCCCUCCCCCCGAUGACCCAUCUCUCGUUUCGUCCGCCUACGAGAACUCCAAGUCUUCCUCUUCGCAGUCUUCAAGUGAUUCCUCCACUGCACCCUCCACUGACCAAGUUGUGGAGGAUAACACCGACGCUGCCGAGAAUACCGACACAAGCGACAGCACUGACAGCACUGACAGCACUGCCAGCAGUGAUGGAAUGGAUGGCAUGGAUAUGGGCGAUGACAGCGAUUCCUCUCUCGCUGACGCCAAGGAGGUUGCCAAGGCCGUCUCCAAGGCCUACGAGGUGAUUCGUGGCGUUGGUGGUCUGCUGCUCUUCAUCCUGAUCUCCUGCUCUGUCGGUGGUGUCUUGUUCGCUGUUUACCGCGUGGUCAGGCGCCGCAAGACACGUUCCUACCAGCACGUCUCCUCGAUCGAUGAUCUUCCCACAGAACAGAUCCACCUGCGUUCCCAGGGCCCUGAGUAA